CAAUCGCCCUCGCCACGCAUCACGAACCUCGCGCUUCUUCAUAUAUCUUGCGAACAUCCUACAAACGACUAGAAUCCUCGUUGACUCUCUCGGUGUCUCUCCCUGCUUUAUUUAUCCGCAUUCCCCGCUUCUCUACUAGCGCAAUCUGUGAGAUCACAUCACGACUACAAGAAACUGGACUCGCGGACUGCCACCGCACACAGACCGAUGAAAGAGUGGUGAACCGCUGCGACUUGGAGAGAUGGCCGCACCAUCGCCACCGAAGCCCUGGGAGCGCGGCGGCGGAACAACCAGCGCGCAAGUUGGCCUUACGGGGACCACGAAUAACACAUCAAUGUCCUCCGCCACGACGACGGCAACGGCGCCCUCCUCCGCGUCUAAUCCGCCACCUCUCCCCGAACUACCCAAUACGCUGAACUCUGUCGUCAAUCGCAACUCGUCGAACUAUUCUACAAUGAAUCAGAAUCGCCUCGGAUCAUCCCCCUAUGGUUAUGGUUCCUCUCCCUACUCCUCGCCCUACUCUCGACUUGGAGGCGGACUUGGAGGUGGGCUCGGCGGAGGCUACGGCUCAAUGUACGGUGGCGGGAUGGGAGGCAUGUACGGCGGGAUGGGCGGCAUGGGUAUGGGAGGCAUGGGCAUGGGUGGGAUGUACGGAGGGAUGGGCGGCAUGCCAGGCGACCCGAACAACCCUGCUUCCCUGACCCAGUCGUUCAGCCAAAGCACGCAGGCGACAUUUCAGCUUAUCGAGAGCAUCGUGGGCGCCUUUGGCGGGUUUGCCCAGAUGCUUGAGAGCACGUAUAUGGCUACACACUCCUCAUUUUUUGCCAUGGUUUCGGUAGCCGAACAGUUUGGAACCCUCCGACAAACACUUGGGUCGGUCCUUGGAAUUUUCACAAUCAUGCGAUGGAUGCGGACAGCCAUUGCAAAGCUCACAGGGCGUCCACUUCCCGCAUCCUCGAAGGAGCUCACGCCCGCAGGCUUCGCUGCAUUCAAUGGACGCAUGCCCGAUGGCUCGCCCGCAGCGCCGAAACCUUCCAAGAAGCCAUUCAUCAUGUUCAUGGUCGCCGUAUUUGGUCUUCCAUAUCUGAUGGGCAAACUCAUCAAAGCCCUUGCUAGAUCGCAAGAGGAGGAAGCCAAGCGCCAAAUGGAGGCAAACCCACAGGCCUAUCUUGAUGGCCAGCCAUUAGACCCGAGCAAGCUGGACUUCUGCCGCUUGUUAUACGAUUUCACACCCGAUACGAACAUGGCGUCAGUACAAGGAGUUGACUUGGCCGUCAAGAAGGGCGACCUUGUAGCAGUCCUAAGCAAGACGGAUCCGCUCGGAAAUCCAUCAGAAUGGUGGCGGUGUAGAGCACGCGACGGCCGCAUGGGCUACCUCCCCAGCCCAUACCUAGAGCCGAUUCAGAGGCGGCCAGCGCAAGCCCAGAUUACCAGCGGCAGCCAAGUCGGCAGUCCAGCCGGCAGUCGCGCACAAACUAUGACAAGCAGCUCUGGUAGUCGUGCGGCGACCAUGACCGAGACCAAGGCCCCAGAGAAGCCACCCCAGGUGGCAGGCAAGGCGGGCGAUAUUGGUGUUGAGAGUUUCCAAAAGGGACAAUUUUAUUCAUGAGGAUAACGGCUUGACAUGGCGUACAGGCGCUUUUUAACCGCGAUGCACUGGAAGGAGCGCUUUCUGUGUAGGUACUAGGGUUAUGGGUUUACGGGCUCCUACAGUAUUUGUGGCCCUCGGAAAUGGGACAAGGGAAUGAGCAGUUCUUGGGCGUCUUUCUUUCUCUAUGUAUGUUGAGCUUGGUUGACAAAAGCGGUUUGAGCGCUGGAUACGAGUUCACCAGCGAUCUUCUUUUAUAAUUGUGUUAAAAAUCUACGGGGCUUCUACAUAUCACAUUCAUCAUUGUGCUGUGUAUAGUGCCUUACCAUAGAUAUCCGUACACUUUCCUGCCAUUAUCUGCGGGACUCUCACGUACUGAUAGAAAGUUGGUCAGCGGGAGCAUUUCCAAACUACGUACACCUUGCUGAUGCUAUCUGGGGUGGCCUCACAAGUUUACUACUUGUCCAAAUUGCCGAACGCCUCUCUUAUUU